GAUGAAUGCAAAGAAGUCUUCAGUCUCUACGAUGAAGAGGGGGACGGCAAAAUUGAUGCCACUAAUAUUGGGGACGUAGUUAGGGGUCUUGGGCUAAAGCCAACGAAUGCCAUGAUUCACAAGGCAGCUGGGGAGCAGUACAAAAGAAAAGGAGAAAAACGAAUUUCUUUUGAAGAAUUCAUGCCCAUUUAUCAGCAACUUACAAAAGCGAAGGAAGUAGGCACCACAAACGACUUUAUCGAGGGACUGCGUGUGUUUGACAAAGAAGAAACAGGCAAGAUUAUGGCACAUGACCUUAGGCACGUUCUCAUUGCAGUGGGUGAAAGGCUAACAGAAGAACAAGCGGAGGAAAUAAUGGAAGGUGUUGAAGAUUCAGAAGGCCUUUCACUUAUUGCAAGCCUUGUUCCCGAUGUCUGUAAUUCAUGA